UAUUAUGGCCUAGAAAACCAGAGGGAAUAUUGAAGAGAACAAAGGAAGUGAAAGCAACAUGAUGCAAUGAGUUACAGUGAGAUACGAAAAUGGUGUUAAUGGGAGGAGUUGGAGUACCCUCAAUCUCAAUCUGUUUUUUGUUCCAAACAAGACCCACCAGACAUUUGUGUCUCAAAUUCAGAUUGAAACAUUCACUUUCAUAUUCAAUCACUAGCAUGGCAUUGACCAACAACACCACCACCAACGAAAGGAAGCUUCCAAUUCUGCUGUUUGAUAUCAUGGACACCCUUGUUCGUGACCCUUUUUACCAAGAUGUCCCUGCCUUCUUCGGAAUGUCUCUGAAGGAGCUCAUAGAUUGCAAGCACCCCACUGCUUGGAUUGAGUUUGAAAAGGGUCUCAUUGAUGAGAUGGAGCUAGCAAGAAAAUUUUUUAAGGACGGAAGGGAUUUUGAUUUAGAAGGCCUUAAAACUUGUAUGAGAAGUGGAUAUUCAUACAUAGAAGGCAUCGAACAGUUGCUUCUUUCCUUAAAGCUAAAUAACUAUGAGAUGCAUGCUUUUACAAAUUAUCCUAUAUGGUACCAGUUGAUUGAAGACAAGUUAAAACUAUCAAAAUAUUUAUCGUGGACGUUUUGUUCGUGGGCUUUUGGUAAGAGGAAGCCUGAUACUGAAUUCUAUAAGGAAGUUGUCAGGCAUCUUAAAGUUGAUCCAACAAAUUGUAUUUUCGUAGAUGACAGGCAAAAAAAUGUGGAGGCAGCAAUUGAAGUUGGCAUCAGAGGGGUACAUUUCCAGAAUGUCAAUUCACUGUGUGAAAAACUGCCAUUGAUGGGGAUUGACAUCUCAACAAAUGAAGAUAGAUAGCUUAUUUUAUUUGAUUCUGUUUCUUAACUAAACCAAUUUAUUUUUAUUGGUAGAAAGGGGAAAUAACAAACUCAUAAUUUUACAUUCCAUUCAUGCCAAGCUAUUGAACUUGUAGAAGUGACUUCUUAUUUUUUACCCUCACAACAAUACAUAUUUAUCUUCUUAGCUGUGCUUA